AUGGCGCGCACGAAGCAGACGGCGCGGAAGUCGACGGGCGGCAAGGCGCCCCGCAAGCAGCUGGCCACCAAGGCUGCCCGCAAGAGCGCGCCGGCCACGGGCGGCGUCAAGAAGCCGCACCGCUACCGGCCCGGCACGGUGGCGCUGCGCGAGAUCCGGCGCUACCAGAAGUCCACGGAGCUGCUGAUCCGCAAGCUGCCCUUCCAGCGCCUGGUGCGCGAGAUCGCGCAGGACUUCAAGACCGACCUGCGCUUCCAGAGCUCGGCCGUCAUGGCGCUGCAGGAGGCCAGCGAGGCCUACCUGGUGGGGCUCUUCGAGGACACCAACCUGUGCGCCAUCCACGCCAAGCGCGUCACCAUCAUGCCUAAGGACAUCCAGCUGGCCCGCCGCAUCCGCGGAGAAAACGCCGAGCUAUUGCAGGAAACGAGUUUAGCCGCCGAAGCCGUAGAGAGUGCGACCCUGGCGCUUGAGGGCGUAGACCACGUCCAUGGCCGUGACCGUCUUCCUCUUGGCGUGCUCCGUGUAGGUGACGGCGUCGCGGAUGACGUUCUCCAGGAAGACCUUGAGCACGCCGCGCGUCUCCUCGUAGAUGAGCCCCGAGAUGCGCUUGACGCCGCCGCGCCGAGCCAGGCGGCGGAUGGCCGGCUUGGUGAUGCCCUGGAUGUUGUCGCGCAGCACCUUGCGGUGGCGCUUGGCGCCGCCCUUGCCGAGCCCCUUACCGCCCUUGCCCCUGCCAGACAUAGUCACGCACUUACAACAGCCGGAACUGUAAACGAGAACUGGCCCCGCGCGGGUCUAUAUGAGCGGCGGUCCGACCUGUUUGAGGACUGCACCGAGGCCGGCCCGGGGCGGGGCGGGCUGUGUGCACCUCCUCCCCCCGCGGGCCGGGCCUUUGCCGCCAUCGCUCCCGGCUCUGGCCCGGCUCCGCCGCCGGAGCCCGAACCCGGCGGGGCCCGGAGCGGAUCCGGCCGGGCUCUCCCCGUGCCCGCCGCGCUCCCCCCGCCUGCCCGGCCCCGCCCGAGGGCUCUCGGUGCCCGCACGGAGCGGGGCCUCGCCGGCCGCGGGGCUGCGGCACAGCCCGGCCAAUGGCGGCAGAGCCGCGUCCCGCCCGCGCUGCGCCGCCGCCAGCGAGCUGUGCCCGACAAAGGGCCCGGCCCGGCAGGGGACGGACAGCACGGCCUGGAUGUUGGGCAGCACGCCGCCCUGCGCGAUCGUCACCUUGCCCAGCAGCUUGUUGAGCUCCUCGUCGUUGCGGAUGGCGAGCUGCAGGUGGCGGGGGAUGAUGCGCGUCUUCUUGUUGUCGCGGGCCGCGUUGCCCGCCAGCUCCAGGAUCUCGGCCGUCAGCGGUUUAAAUCUAGUAUGUCCCGGGCAGAGGCUGCCAGAAACCCACCGCAGAGAGAGAGUAAAAUCUCCAUGUCUGCUGCGGGCUGCAGCUGUGCGAGCGCUCCGGGCCGCCGCCAGUCCCGCUCGGCAGGGCGGAGCUGCGGGACGACAGAGGAGAGAGCCCCCCCACUGCCCGCACCGCGCGGGAUUUUCAAACUCGGCCCUUGUCCAAUGGCAGCCCGGCUCUGCGCGGGGGCCAAUCACGGCGCGCUGCUGUCCAUAAAUAUAGCCCCAGUGGCCGCUGUCGGUUCAGUGUCCUUUCCUUGCGCGGCUCGGGAUCCUCGGCGGGCAGCGAUGGCGCGCACGAAGCAGACGGCGCGGAAGUCGACGGGCGGCAAGGCGCCCCGCAAGCAGCUGGCCACCAAGGCUGCCCGCAAGAGCGCGCCGGCCACGGGCGGCGUCAAGAAGCCGCACCGCUACCGGCCCGGCACGGUGGCGCUGCGCGAGAUCCGGCGCUACCAGAAGUCCACGGAGCUGCUGAUCCGCAAGCUGCCCUUCCAGCGCCUGGUGCGCGAGAUCGCGCAGGACUUCAAGACCGACCUGCGCUUCCAGAGCUCGGCCGUCAUGGCGCUGCAGGAGGCCAGCGAGGCCUACCUGGUGGGGCUCUUCGAGGACACCAACCUGUGCGCCAUCCACGCCAAGCGCGUCACCAUCAUGCCCAAGGACAUCCAGCUGGCCCGCCGCAUCCGCGGAGAGCGCGCCUGAGCUGUCGGCAGACUGAAGAUUCAGACCAUCGAAAACCCAAAGGCUCUUUUAAGAGCCACCACAA